AAUCGUUCUAUGUUGCUUGUGGUGCGGGAAUUGGGUCGAUUAUGUCAUGGCGGGUUAGAUGUUUUCGGCACUUGAUUCAAUAAGAUUUGUUUUGAAUUACGCCGUCAAUGAUCCCGUCGUGUACUUCAUUGUCUAAAACCACACCUGAUUAUUUAGUAUUGAUCCUUUCGUAAACAAUUCAAAUGCUGAAACAAUUGCAAAUGGGCCUUCGCGCGUUUAUGCUCCUUGCUUCGAAAGUAUGGAGUUGUGUUUGUUAUAUGUUUAAGAAGCAAUACCGAGCGUUGGCUCAAUACCAAUCUGUCAAGUAUGAGGUGUACCCACUGUCCCCAGUAUCUAGACAUAGGCUGAGUCUAGUAAAAAGAAAGAUGCUGGUCCUAGACCUUGAUGAGACGCUAAUCCAUUCGCACCACGACGCGAUGCUGCGGCCGACGGUGAAGCCAGGAACGCCACCAGACUUCGUGUUGAAGGUCACCAUAGACAAGCAUCCCGUCAGGUUCUUUGUGCACAAGCGGCCGCACGUCGACUACUUUCUUGAUAUAGUGUCGCAGUGGUACGAGCUGGUGGUGUUCACAGCCUCGAUGGAGAUAUACGGCGCAGCGGUCGCCGAUAAGCUGGACAACGGCCGCGGUAUACUGCGCCGCCGGUUUUAUAGACAACAUUGCACAGCCGAGCACGGCUCCUACACCAAGAACCUCUCGUCGAUAUGCGACGACCUGAACAGGGUGUUCAUAUUGGACAACUCGCCCGGGGCCUACCGGGACUUUCCAGACAACGCGAUACCAAUAAAAUCGUGGUUCUCGGACCCGCUGGACUCGGCGCUGCUCAACCUGCUGCCGGUGCUGGACGCGCUGCGCUUCACGCACGACGUGCGCUCCGUGCUGUCGCGCAACCUGCACCUGCACCGGCUGUGGUAGCGUGCGUGAGUACUGCCGAUACGUGACACUAGUCUAGCAUAUAGUUGACAGUGACAGCGAUACCAAUACAAUCGUGGUUCUCGGACCCGCUGGACUCGGCGCUGCUCAACCUGCUGCCGGUGCUGGACGCGCUGCGCUUCACGCACGACGUGCGCUCCGUGCUGUCGCGCAACCUGCACCUGCACCGGCUGUGGUAGCGUGCGUGAGUACUGCCGAUACGUGACACUAGUCUAGCAUAUAGUUGACAGUGACAGCGAUACCAAUACAAUCGUGGUUCUCGGACCCGCUGGACUCGGCGCUGCUCAACCUGCUGCCGGUGCUGGACGCGCUGCGCUUCACGCACGACGUGCGCUCCGUGCUGUCGCGCAACCUGCACCUGCACCGGCUGUGGUAGCGUGCGUGAGUACUGCCGAUACGUGACACUAGUCUAGCAUAUAGUUGACAGUGACAGCGAUACCAAUACAAUCGUGGUUCUCGGACCCGCUGGACUCGGCGCUGCUCAACCUGCUGCCGGUGCUGGACGCGCUGCGCUUCACGCACGACGUGCGCUCCGUGCUGUCGCGCAACCUGCACCUGCACCGGCUGUGGUAGCGUGCGUGAGUACUGCCGAUACGUGACACUAGUCUAGCAUAUAGUUGACAGUGACAGCGAUACCAAUACAAUCGUGGUUCUCGGACCCGCUGGACUCGGCGCUGCUCAACCUGCUGCCGGUGCUGGACGCGCUGCGCUUCACGCACGACGUGCGCUCCGUGCUGUCGCGCAACCUGCACCUGCACCGGCUGUGGUAGCGUGCUGGUGAAUCGGCUUUUGUACAAAAUGGGCCUCGCACGGUCUGGCCUGGAACUAUUUAUUAUUUCACUCGUUAAAAAAUACGCCGUUCGCCGCUUAUUCAAAUAUACAUAUAGAUUUAAAUGUAGUUCAAUACGUUUGUUUAAGUUUUUUUGUGUUUUUCGUACUUGAAAAGUGAACGCUUAUACAUUAUGUAUAUUCGUAUAUCUAAUAAUGUUAGGAUACAAGCGAUUAAUACGAGAGUUUCAUACAAAUAUUGUUUUUAUGUUAAAUUAGUUCUCAAUUGUUACUAACAACUUCUUAUGAUUAAAAAAAAAUUGUAAAAUAGCGAAUAUUUCGUUUUGACAUUUCUUAACCACAGUAAACGCCAUCUAUUGGCUGUAUGUUUGUAAUUAUUUAAAAAUUGCAUUCAUUGUAAUCCAUAAUUUUAGUAAAUAAAUUGAUUGACAUUACAAAAAAAUCUAAAAUAAAUCGCAAAAAAGGCAAUGUAUUUCUCAUGCUUAUCCGUAUGCGAAAGGGCUUAAAUUGUAUACUUGAGAUUUUGUAGUAUUCCUAUGUUUGCAACAAAACCUUUAUACUUUAUUUUGUUACCUUACAAGUAAAGACACUAUAGUGACUAUUGGCAGAUCUUACCUAAUAAUUUAUUUACAUACAAGAUAUAUACAGUGGUACUACUAAACGAAAUUAAUAACUAGCUUAAAUCUAAAAUAGGCCCCUGAGGCAUUGUACCAAGGAUGCCGGCGGCAUUUCCUCGCUGUAUCGCAAUGCUGAUACGUUGUGCGAGGUAGCCGCCAGCUCUUCGGUCACCAGUUACGUCAACCAGACGCUUCGCGAUUUCUGCGAACAACUUGUGCGCGCAACCUAAUAAUUACCAUCCAUGGUAACUAAAACUAUUAUAGGUAAGGGUGGUAUUCCACCUGCCCAAUUUCUUGGUCCAAUAUGUAUUUGCGUCAGGACUCGGAACCGGUAUUGAAAUACCUGUUAAUAUCGUUCCUAAACCGUUAUAAUAUUUCGUUCAUUAAAAAACCGGUUAAUUGAUGGAACGCGAACUAUAAAAAUACGUUCUCUCUCCUAACCGGUACAAAAGAGGGAACUGAAUUUUAUGGUUCGCAAGGAACGAUAUAAUACCGGUUACUCUUGGCUUUCGGAGACUCGGUUAAACUCGUCGUCAUAAGUGAAAGAGAUAGCAAUCCUUACUAGUUCUAUCUCGCUUCGAUAUUUUCAAUUAAACCGGUUAAUUUCGUUCCACAAAAACGGAAGGCGAACGAAUUUGGCAUAAAUCAGUAUCUCAUUCGAACAGUUCUUUAACCGGUAACCGCAAACCGGGUGGAUGAACGACACCGGUUUGAAAAAUAAAACGGUUUCCGAGCCCUGAUUUGCGUAUCACAUUUUGCUUACUAAGAGAGUGAGACGCAAUGACAUUGGACCAAGAAAUUGGACACGGAAAAUAAUUUCGUUUGUACGAAACAGUACGAACACAAUUGAAGACACAUUUAGAUUUUACCUCUUUUCAUUCGUAAUAAAAUUCGAGUUACUAUUUAAAUGUGUCAUAGGCUGCUUAAUACUAGAAAUUAGACAAUAUUUGUAUGAAAUAUUAUUAUUUGUUCUUAAGUAUGUGUCUCGCUCUAUAUUGAUGUGAAAGAGUGAGAAACCCAGUUUUAGAAUGAACCUGAAAUAACUAUCCGAGUAACCCACCUUAACUUAUGAUCGCUAGUUUUUUUUAGUCAAGCACCUCACUCAGAUUAAUCAUCGAUUUAAAAUCGAUUUGUAAUAGCAAUUACUCGAUUUAAAAUGUUUAAUAUUUGCAAUUUUAUACGCGAAUUUAUAUGACGUUAAAUAUGUAAUAACCUUUUUAUCGUGUCACAUCCAGUCACCCUAAUGCACAGAUUCAAUAACGCUACAGAAGAUACACCACUCUCAGCGACUACGGUAAAAAGGUUAAAACGUCAGAAACUGUUUUUAACCUAACGUGAGGUGCUCUGCUCAAAUAUAAUGUAUUGUAUAUUUUAAAAACAUUAUUUUCCAAGUCAAUUAUUAAUAAACUUUAGAAAUGAUUUGUCUAUAUGUGACGUUCCACAUGCACAUGGAGCAUAAGGACCCUUUAGUCAUGGACCGUCACAUAUAAUAUUACUUCAGGUUAACUAAUGAAAUCUAAAAAGAAAACUUUAGUUUUAUUCCCAAUCGUAAAUAUAUAUUUUAUUAAUUAUUAAUGUGAAUUAGAAUGGGAUAUGUAUAAUUUCGAAUAUCACGGAAAUAUUUUUAAAUAGCAAAAUUGAGAAUAUUAAUAGGUGCGAGGGCGACUGAAACAACUAGUCAUUAAAUAUUAUUUUCUGGAGAAUAAUGUUUUUAAAAUAUCAACCUUCCAUUCGAGAAAACUGUAAAUAGUAUAAUGUAAACGGUUUCAGUGGUUUGUUCACUUCGGUAUGUUUAAAAAAUGAUCUCUCAUUUUUUUAUAAUAGUUUUUAAUCGAAAUUAAUUUUCGUUUUGUACAAACUUUCGAAACCGAAUUUUGAUGACUUUAAAAAUAUUAUUGUGAGGUAGA